AUACACAAAAAUACAAAGCUACUAAUAACGAAGAAUUGUAUUUGAACGGAACAACGGACAAAGCGACCAAAAGUAUAUAUCAACACUCCGCAACAGGCGAAAAGCACGUCCUUUUCUAUCCUACGUCACCUGACCCAUCUCUGACUUCGGACGAACGGAAGAGCUGGUGCCAAGCGUCAUCUUCGAACAAUAUUCGACCCGAUUAUCAUCACUUAACCAACAACAACUCGGAACAAUCCCAUAGGAUGAAAAAAAAUGAAGACGAGGGUGCAACGUUGCCGGAUCAUCAAUCACGCAUCGAUGCUUCUAGCGAUCCGUCAAUUAUUUUAUCGACCAACAAGUGCCAUCAAGGAAUCCGGAUAGGACUUUUCGGUUGGAGAAAAAAGUGCAUGUACGGUUUCAUUCUAACGUUGCUCUUUAUGGUUAUUGUAAACUUAGCCCUAACGCUAUGGGUACUAAAAGUGAUGGAUUUUUCACCGGACGGCAUGGGUCAUCUCGAAAUAAUACCGGGAGGAUUGAAGCUGAAAGGAAAUGCAUACGUUCUAGAAAAUCUCAUAGCGACUCAAAUUAGAUCUCGAAGGGGUGACCCCGUGGUAGUAGAAUCAAGUAGAAAUGUAACGCUUAAAUCCAGAUCUAGCAAUGGAUACCAUAGCAGUUGGAUUUAUUUAGGCAUGGAUCAGUUCGAGUGUAUGUCAAAUAAUUUCAACAUUCUCGAUGAUAGAGGGUUUUCGCUGUUCUCAGCGGAUCGAAAUGGUAUAACGAUAGGCGCAGACACUCUGAGGGUGACGGGCGAAGGGGGUAGUAGUUUUAGGGGUUCGGUCCAAGCCACUUUAAUUAGAGCUGAGAGCGGCCAUGACUUAAGAUUAGAAUCGCCGACUAGCACUCUUUCCAUAAAAGGUCCCCAAGGCAUUACAUUGGAAUCCAGAGGUGGGCAAAUAGUCUCCCACGCGUUCAACGACAUCAAAUUCGAAACCUUCGGGGGCGCGAUUCACCUUCACUCAUCUGUCGUGGUUCCUCAUUUGCCAACUGCGAAAAUAUCACUUGCGAAUAACGAGAGAAAUUUCAACGUGUUCCAGUUGUGUGCCUGUGAGAGCGGGAAACUUUUCUUAGCUUCGCCGCAUGGAGUAUGUGUCUCAGACAAUGACGACAGCCUAUGUCGAUAAUGUUACCACCUAGAGAAUCAUUUUAAUGUUAAUCUUCAGGUUUUUCUUGCAUAUCCCGUUUAUGUGCGUUUUACUUUACACAUAAGGAAGUAAUAAAAAAGCUCACAACUCAAAAUAUUUUAUAAUUUGAAUUUAUUGAUUUAAUUAUAAUCAUAAGCACUGAUUCGGGUUCGAUCAUAAUUUUCUAUUCAUUUGUUUAUUGGAAAAUAUUCCAAUAUGUAUUGCAUUAAUUACUGCCUAACAUACUUGAAUCUGAUAUUUCAUUUUGAUUUUUGAUUGCUAACAAAUAAUUAUUCUCCUAGACCUAAAUUCUGCGGCAAAUCCGAUUUUUCUGUAAAUUCUCACAGCCAGAAAAUAAAUCUUGAUAUAAUGGUGAAUACGCCUUAAAUUAAAACACUCAAAAUUUGAAGAAUCGGCCACAGGUCUUGAUACGGUUCAUUGUUUACUUAACAAAACCAAUUCAGAUUGACCUUGAGUAGCACCCCCACGUGCAGGGUGUACGAAUAGGAAGACCAGACAGUGUUCUACUGCUGCCUCCGCAUUCUGUGCGAAUGUCCUAACCUCUCGUUUAAGCGACAAGCCAUGAUUGGCGAAUCAUAUCCAUGCCCCACUGUAAUCAGGGAGAGAACUUUGUCAUUACCUACUUGGAGUCACCUGACUUGAUGUAAAACCGAGUGCUCUGUCCAGGAGGAAGCACAAUGGACCUGCCGAGGUCUCCUCCAAUUUAUGUAAAAUUAAUAUUUCUUUUCUAUUUGCAGACAAUUCAUCAUUUUUGGAUGGAUAAUAAUUUACGUGAGGUUCAAACUUUACUCAAAUCCUUCCAAUUUCAUUGACGCUAUGUUUAUUAUUUUUCGAAAUUCAGCCGAAAACCAAAUAUUAAUUCGUUAGAAGUCAGCCAGAUCUGGUUUUUCAAAUUUUGUUAAAUCAAGCCAAAGCUAUAAACUCUAUCAUCGUCACCAUUUUGACAGAUUAUUAUCCUAAUAAAUCAAUGACUCAGCUGAUAUGUGAACCAAAUCUUGAACAACGAAAAUCAGAGAGUAAGGUUCUGAACUAAAUAUCAUUUUCAAGAAAAUAGAUAUUAUUUGCAAAAGUUUUACGGUUUUGGUUUAUUAUCCAAAUAAUUUGCACGCACAUUGACUUGCAAACAGCGAUUAUAGAGCGAAACAUAUAAAUAUGAAUAUAAGUUAUUCAUAUAUUUAUAUACCUUUUUAUUGUUCCGAAGAAAAACCUAAAGAUAUUGACAAUACAUUAUGUACAAAUACAAAUAUUAGAGAGAAGCUUGUAAAAAUAGUGUUACGACAGGGAAGCUGCUUGUGACUUGUUAAAAAUGUUACCUAAUGCUUGUAUAUAGUUUUUUAAUUU